AUGACUGCAGAAAAAAGUACAACAAUACUUAUGAAGUGGGCUGAAGAUAUGGUUAAAAAAAAUAAAGAGAGGAUUCAAGGAUGGUCGGUAUCCAGUGUUGACAAUACAACAUAUCAAGUGCAUGACUUCAAAAGUGGUGGCAUAGUGAAUUUGAGGGAAAAGACUUGUUCUUGCAGAUAUUGGCAACUAACUGGUUUGUCAUGUGGUCAUGUGAUAAUGAUUUUAACGCACUUGAAAAUUGAUCACUGUGGGCAUAUGGCUAUAGAUGCAUAUAAAAUUGAAACAUAUCGAAGAACAUAUGAGCAAGCCAUAUACCCUCUUUCAAAACUUAGUGAUUGGGAGGUUCCGGAUGACCUUAUGGUUAUUAAUCCUCCUGUGAUGGAAAUACGAUAA